GCACAUUCUCUCCAUAGUUACAAUCUAAUACCUCCCAACCAAAGUCUUUUUGGAUAUACACACGACCCAGACGCACUCGGUUGUUCAGUUCCUCGCGAGAUUCGGGAAAACUCAGACGCUCUUUCGGAAGCACCACCUCUCUUUUUUCUGCCACCCAUCAUUUGUAUAUGGAUUUGCUACAAUUUGGCCGCACUCGAGCAAAGCCAUACAGCUGAAGCAUAGAAGAAGAAAAAAUUAAAAACCGAGCUGUUUUGUUUGAUUGAUGUGGCGAAGAUUUGAGUAAAGAGCACCGAGAGAGGAAAAAGGCCUUAUAUCAUAGCAAUUCAUCUAUAAAAGAAAUCAAUUUCUGCCAAGUUGUUGUUCCAUCAAAUUUCGGAUAUAAAUGAAACUGUGCAGUUGCCCGACACACCACGGCAGAGGAAAGCUCUCAAAUUAGUGUGGAAAGUGAAGAACAAUUUACGAGGUUUUUUGGCUUAUAUAAUUUGUGAUAAGUUUUAGAAAGAAGAAAAAAAGAGAAAAGUGCAAGUCGCACGGAGAAAUUGGAAUAAAAAUCAUUUGGACUGGCAUUCAGUUUUUCUGAAUGAACACUUAAAGUCAAUUCAAACAUCUCUUCCGCACACAUUUAGCGUAAAAAGCAACGAAGCUAAGAUUAGAUAUUAGAAUUGGCGCGUGUUUAGUAAAAAAUCUCAAUAUAGGAAAAUGUCUCUCUACGACAAUAGAUUCACCAAAUACUGGGAUUUCCUCUUCACUGAAUUGGCCGAUCAUCGGACAAAUCAUUGGCCACUUAUAUCGUCACCCGUGCCUGGAUUAACAAUUUUGGGAUUAUACCUAUACUUUGUGGGCUCAUGGGGGCCCAAAUAUAUGGCCAAUAGGAAACCAUUUAAGCUUGAACGGACUCUUGUGCUUUACAAUUUCUUCCAAGUCAUAGUUAGUACUUAUUUAUUCGUGGAGGGACUCGAUGGUGCCUGGCUAACGAAAUACAACUGGCGAUGUGAGCCAGUGGAUUUUUCAGAAACUGAAGAAGCCAUGAGAGUGGCCAGAGGGUGCUAUUUCUAUUUCUUAGCCAAAAUUUCCGAACUCCUCGACACGGUGUUCUUCGUGCUGCGAAAGAAGGAGCGACAAAUUAGCUUCCUCCACAUGUACCAUCACACUGUGAUGCCCAUGAUUUCCUGGGGAGCCACAAAAUACUAUCCCGGUGGACAUGGAACUUUCAUCGGUGUGAUAAAUUCGUUUGUGCACAUAGUUAUGUAUUCGUACUAUUUAUUCGCUGCCAUGGGACCCCAAUUCCAGAAAUACCUCUGGUGGAAGAAGUACAUCACCAAACUUCAAAUGAUCCAAUUCUGCAUAGCCUUCCUCCACUCUGCCCAACUCUUGUACACAGACUGCGGCUAUCCACGGUGGUCGGUGUGCUUCACGCUCCCAAAUGCGAUUUUCUUCUACAUGUUAUUCAAUGAUUUCGCCCAGAAGACGUACAAGAAGCCACGAGACCCACCAUCGAGGGAUCAGAAUGGCAAUGCCAAUGGUAGUCUCUGUGCAAAUGGUGAUACACUCAAGUGUGUUCAGAUGAAUGGUAGUUGUGAGAAAACUCACUGCAAUGGUGCUACUGAUAAAGAAAAGACGAACUAACUUUUUUUCUCUAAACUAUGUAUAAUUAACAGUCCUCCAUAUCGAUGGCAUUUUUUCCUUAUGUGUCGCCAGAGAUAAAAUUCAUUGAAUAGUCGUAUCGUAUUCAGGAAUUUUUUUUACCAUCAUUAUUUUAAUAUAAUUAUAAUAAUUUACAAUCAUAUAAAAUAUUUUUUUGCUGCCUUAAAUGCGAAUGACACCCACAUGGUCAAUUUACUGUGCGGCUUAAAUUUUUUUCGACAUUUACCUGUUAAGCGUCUAAUAUUAAAAUAUGAUUUAUGUAUAAUUAAUGUUAGGUGAAUAGUUUUUUUUUAUUGUGUGUAAGAGAACUUCAAAUGUGGCCUUUCAUUUACAUGCGCCUAAAACUUCCUAACCAUUUGAGAUCUUUUUGUUUUACCUUCGAGACCUUUCUCUUUCGGCGAAAACAACACCCAGCAUAGAAAAUUUAGAGUUCAAUGAUACUUUUGCAAUGGAUCUUUUCGUUUAGGGUCAAAGAAAUUCAUUAACACUCACCUUGGUUUUGCCCGCAGUGGGCAUUUUUUUUUUUGGCUACAGUCUAAAUCACAUAUAGAUGCUGCACAACAUCACGAAUUUAUCAUAAUAAAAAUUUACCAAUAGAUUUCCAUUUGGAAUUUUUAGUGCUCAAAUUUUAUUAUACAAGAUAGAUGAAGAUUGACAAGAGAAUUGUUAAAAAAAAAACUACAAUGUAUAACAAAGAAAAUUGAAAGGAAAAUGGUUUGGAAAGUAAAGAUAGAAUAUUUAUAUAAUCAGGUUGUGUUUAUAUAGUGUGAUAUACUGUCAAUUAACCUAAGGAAUUGUUAAAUAUAUUAUACAUUAAAUUUCUCCAAACAGCAGUAAAAUUUAAAAGAAAAAAUUAAAGAGAAUGCUCUAACAAUUUAAGAUUGCUUAAACAAAUAAGAAGUGCAGGGAGAAUGAAAAACCAAAACGAGAAUAAUAAUUUAUUUCACUGGAGAAAAACUCUAAAAAAUACAGAUCACUUUACAAAAUACAACAUUAUAAUAAUUACCUAACGAUUAUUAAAAUAUUAUUUAAGGUAAAAUAACAAUUAAUUUAAAGUACUUUUUGGUUACCAUUUUUAACUAUCAUACUUUGUAAAUAAACUUUCUUCUCAUUCUGAUCAA